UUCAUUACUUCAACAAUGGCAGACAAAGUAUUCCCUUCCUCCAAGCUCACUGCCAAUGGCAGCACUGGCGGAGCAGCUGCUGCCACAACAACCAGAGCCAACGGCGGAGCCACCAAAUCCGACCUCAUUAACCCCACGGCUCGCCUUCCGUACCGUCCACAACCUCAUAACAGGCGGCGCCAGUACCGUCCACGCCGGAACUAUUGUUGCUGCUGCUGUUUUUGGAUCAUCCUCGUAAUCCUCGUGCUCACCCUUUUAGUAGCCAUCACCGGCACUGUCCUUUAUGUCUUUUACCGUCCUCAUCGCCCUUCAUUCACCCUCGAUUCCCUCCGUAUCCACCGCCUGAAACUCAAGACCGCCGCCGACGGCUCCUCCUCCCAUCUUUCAACCCUUUUCAACUUGACCCUUUCUUCCAAGAACCCAAACUCCCAUCUAUCUUUCUCAUAUGACCCUUUUGUUGUUUCGUGCGUGACAAGCAACAAUGAUGUUUCGAUAGGGAACGGAAUGUUGCCGGCCUUCGUCAGUAACAACAAAGACGAGUCGACUUUCAGAGGGGUUGUCGUGGCGGCGUUAAUGGAUUUGGAUGCGGAGGCUGUGAAUGACUUGAGGCCAGAACUGAAGAAGGGCAAUGCGGUGUUGCUCAAAGUGGACAUGGAUACUAAAGUGACGGCUAAAAUGUUUGGCUUGAAGAGCAAGAAAGUGGGGAUUAGGGUUACGUGUGAUGGAAUUAAAGGGUCUGUUCCGAAAGGUAAGUCGCCGGCGGUGGCGAAUGUCGCCGGAUCCAAGUGUAAGGUUGAUCUCGGGAUUAAGAUCUGGAAAUGGACAUUUUGAGUACAUUCAUCGACAAAUUUCUUUAAAAUUUUCUUCAAU